UGUAGAAAGAGACCUCGAAUCUCAUUUAGAUUAAACCAUCUCUCUCUCUUUUUUCUUUUUUUGGGUUGAAUUGAAAGGGAAAGCAGAUGAAAACCAAGAAGAUAUUUAACAAAAGUUCUCCUAAUGAAGCUUCUGAUUAAAUAUUACGUUCCUUUUAAUGAGUGCUUCCUUGCCUCACACACACACAUACAGAGAGAGAGAGAGACACACACACACACACACACACAAACACACAAUAUAUUGAGAGAAAGAUAGAGGAAAGGGAGAGAUGGAGAAGAUGAAAAGUUUGAGACAUCUGUUUGUGACAGUGUUCCUCUCACACUUUGCAGGAAUACUGGUAAUGCCGGCCAUCACUGAUGUCACCAUGUCGGCACUUUGCCCCGGUCAAGAUGAAUGCUCUCUUGCCAUUUUCCUCUCAGGUUUCCAACAGGCGCUCAUAGGAGUAGGAACACUGGUGAUGAUGCCACUGAUUGGGAAUCUGUCGGAUAUCUAUGGAAGGAAAGCUUUGCUCACACUCCCCAUGACUCUUUCCAUUAUUCCACUAGUGAUAUUGGCAUACAGAAGGACAACAGACUUCUUCUACGCAUACUACGUGUUGAAGACUCUCACUGCUAUGGUUUGUGAAGGCAGCAUUCAGUGCCUUGCUCUUGCCUUUGUGGCAGACAACAUUUCUUCUGGGCCGCCUCGGACAUCAGCGUUUGGUAUUUUAUCGGGUGUGGGCUACGUUGCCUUCGUCUGUGGCACCUUAACCUCUCGCUUCCUCUCCACUGAUCAUACAUUUCAGAUUGCUGCAGUUGUAUCAAUGAUAGCAGCAGUGUACAUGAGAAUUUUCCUCCAGGAUACACCACGGAACAGUGAUGAUUUGGAGCAGCCAAUCUUGAAUACUGAAGAGAACUCUGCUCAAAUUGAGGGUGAAUCAUCUAGUGAGGUGCAGGUCUUCAAGAAGAUUCCAUCUUUAAAAGAUAUCAUAUGCUUGCUUAAGAGUAGUGUGACAUUUUCACAAGCAGCAUUUGUUGCAUUCUUCCAUAGUCUUGCUGAGGGUGGACUUCAAGCUUCUGCAAUGUAUUUCUUCAAGGCUCGGUUUCAAUUCAACAAAGACCAGUUUGCGGAACUAAUGCUAAUUGGUGGCAUUGCAGGAACCAUAUCACAGCUGCUUUUCAUGCCUAUGCUGUCGCCUUUUCUAGGAGAGGAGAAGUUGCUUUCCAUAGGCCUCUUCGUCGGAGCUUUUAGUAUGCUAUUGAAUAGCAUAGCAUGGUCAGUUUGGGUUCCUUACGUGCUUGGCGUGCUCUCUAUUUUUUCUGUAUUCACAACCCCUUGUUUACGAGGCAUUGUAUCAAAGCAAGUUGGUCCUAAUGAACAGGGAAUGGCUCACGGAUGCAUUUCAAGCAUAAGUUCUUUUGCCAACAUAAUAUCACCCUUAAUAUUUAGUCCUCUAACAGCUUUGUUCCUCUCCAAGGGAGCACCAUUUCCUUUCCCUGGUUUCAGUAUUAUGUGCAUUGGACUUGUAAUGAUGAUAGCCCUUAUUGUGAGUGUAAUGAUAAAGGCAGUUCCCCCCAUUUUAAGUAACAAAAUCAGUGACAGUGCCUGCACGGAGGCCCAGUAGCAAGGAUAAAUGGUCUGUCGAACGGAAGAACAUCUCUAUAACUUAACCGUUAUACUAGUUUCAGAACAAUCUAACCCUGAAUCACAUAUUUUGGCAUCCCACUCAUAUACCUACACGAAACCAAAGAACAAGAGUCAAGGACAGUCAUUUUGCACGAUUGUAUAUUACACAGUUCCAUUCAGGACAUCUUACGAUUCACUUCUUCUUUCAAGUGAAGCUCGAUGACAGUUCAAUAUUGAUAGAUUCAAUUCAACCUAGCAGUUGAAGGUUCAAUCAUUAAUCCAAGAAAACUAAACAUCCAUCUGCAACUAUAAUCAUGCAAUCGUGUAUAUGUUAUAUGAAGCACUACAAAUUUAGCAUUUUAUUAUAUAAAUCUCAUUAUCAUCA